AUAAACCAUGCCAUUCAUCACCUGCCCUCAACUGCCUGUCAGCACAGCUGGAGCUCGGCAGCCGAGCUGCCCUACCUCGGUCAUACCAUGCUUCAUACCUCAAGCGCCUAACCGGAUAAACAUACGGAGGACCGGGCUAAGCGGCAUCCCGGCCGAGCCUAGCCCGGAUACUUACUUCGAUCGGCCUUCCUGCCGACCAUACAAUCUCCUCGGCUGACCACGCCUUUCCGGGCACCGGCCACUCAACUUCCUCGGUUGUCCAUGCCUUCCUGGGCGUCGGUCACUCGGUCAAUCCGGCUUUGACCAUCCUCGGACCGGGCACCCUGGUCCGACCGAGCACUGCCUUACCGAGCAGUUUCUGUCCGGUCCGGGGUGACACUCGGCCCGUACUCUGCCCGGCCCAAAUUCUGGCAGCCCACUUUGGGUAAAAAGUUGAUCGUCUCGGACCUAUGCACCGUUGGGCCCUCAACUUGCUCGGUCGAUAUCUCGGCCCAACUCCAGAUCAUAAAUCACCCUCUCAAUUGCCCCUUAAUCUCGUCCGCGAAAGCGUGACUGGGAUUACUCACUUCGACCGAGAUAACAUUUCUCCGGUCGUCAAGUCGCCAAGCCUCCACCGAGCUAAUCUGCUAUCCUUCCCCGGUCAUGUUCCUCGGCUUACAGCCUUUUCGUCGAAAGUAGCUCGGCUGGCUCUUCGUUUCUUCAUCCCGUCGCUUCAAUCCUGACGUAGCCAUAAAUGGGGACACGUGGCGAGCUCCCAUUGGUCAUCGAGAAGCCAACCCGCCGUUCUUGUCAGAUUUUGAAUUUUGGCGGCCUUUCACUCUUACAUACACAUGGCCUCCCUAUGCCAUUCCUUCAUACUGCCUUUCUACUAUCUGACGAUCCAGAGCUCAAGCCCUCUCCUCUAUCUCGACUGCCAUUUCUCAUUCUUGGCAGAACAGCCCCCAUCCUCCAAAGGUAAGGUUUUCGAUCCCCCUAGUUGCUAUUUUCUUUCAUAUUACACACACUAGGGUACAAAAACAUAGCUAUUAGGGCAUAGGUCGUAGAAUCCGCAUUAAACCUUCCACUGUUCUUGGUGUUCUUCGUUUUUCUGAAGAACACUGAAGAACUGGGGUGAACCGGGCUCUGGGCCUUCUUUUGAUCCAAAAAAAACCGACCAAACCGGGCAAACAACAUGUUUGUUUCAACCAAAGCAAAAACCGAGAUGACAAAAGGACUUGGCCGUUCAACCGGGCUAACAUCUGUCCGAUUGGGCGACGGGGCUCCUUAGAAUAGACAACCGAGGUGGUUUGGCACCCUUAAUGACCGAGGUAAAAACCAGCACCUUUCGCGCGACCGCGCUUAACACUUGCCAUCCUUUUCCUGCAGAGUCCAAGGGGACCACUGUCAUUCCUGAGGCUCUCAGGACCGGGCAACAUCCAAUACACAGAGCCAAACCCCUCAGCCGGGAUACCCUAAGCCGGCCAAAAAUGGGGAAAUUCCGCUUCCUAGUGGAUACUCCGGCUGCGCUGGCUACGUUCAGGGAGGAGUACGGCGUCCCGGCCGAUGUCCACCUGCAGCUCGCAGAAGAGGAGACCACACCUUGGGGUAGGGAGGAGUGCCCCUUCACCGUGCUAUCCAUCGUUGAAGGGGGUCUUCGUUUCCCGCUCAACCCUCUCAUAACCGAGUUCCUCCGCCGCACCGGGCUGGCACCCACACAGGUGUCCACCAACACUUACAGAAUAAUCAACGGCGUUCACGAAUUGAACCAACGGUUAGGCACCAACUUAGGCCUAGCCGAGAUAUUAAGGCAAUACACUAUGGGCCACACCGGUGACGGCCUGGCUUACUACUUGAAAAUAAGACCGGGCAAGGAAAAAAUCGUAACCGGCACCCCGGACAAAGAUAUGCACGAUGAUGAUUUCUUCUGGGUGUCCGGCAACUACGAAACAGCCGAGGUGCCGGGCUGGUUCAUAAGCAAGGACUUCGGUUCUUCAUGUAAGCCACUCAAACUUGCUCGGUUAACUUUAUUCUUUAGUUUUACUAACCGGUUUCCCUGUUUCUUUUGCAGCUAUCCAAGCCUUGCAAGCCAACUACCAAUUCCCCAACGUCGAGGCAAUUCGGGCCGUGCUGAGGUACCGUCACCGAGACUGCAACGAAUUGCUCGGCUACACACCCACCUACAGAUAUUCUGCACCGCGCCGGAGUAGAGUAACUGACUUCCUCAGAGCUCCUUCGCCACCUCCAGAUCCAACCCUACCAGACGUCCCAUUAAUCCGGUUAACCGACGAGCAAGAGAUGGCCAAAAGAUCUCGGAUCAAAAACCUUCUAACCGCGACCUCAGCCGAGAUACCGAGCGUCACCACCCGUUCCCCGGCUGCCGGUCAAUCGAGUGCAGCCGUGGUAGCCCUUGCUUCUCCAGCUCCAGCUGCCGGGCAAUCUGCCAGAGAAGCGCGCCGGGCUGGAAAAAGACCAAGGGCAGAUCCCUCCGCCGAGCUCGUCGCCGAGCUGACAACCGAACAUCCAGCUGAAACUCCUGCUCCCGUGCCCGCUUGGCGUCCUCAGCUGAAGCACCGGGGACAGGACAUCCCGGCGACUGCUUCGAUCAAGGCUGACAAAGAACACUUGCUCGCCUUCGAUCUUUCCAAAGCAUUUCUCCUACCGGGCGACGUGGUAGGCAGUGACCACGUCCCUGACACCCGGCUGGUAAAAUCUUCCGUGAAGUCCAUGGCCAGGGCCAUUCAGAAACAACAUUUGGUCUUGGAGCGCAUCCACCGGCUUAGGCAGAAAGCCAAUGACACUGCCAGCCAGGUUGAAAGCCUUCAAGCCGAGCUCGGCCGGGCUAAAGCUUCUCUCGAGAUGGCCAACCAUGAUAAUAACAGGCUGCUCGGUCAACUGAAUGCAGCCGAGAAAAAACAAAACGAGCUCCAGGCCGAGGUUGACACUGUGAAGAAGGCGAAGAGGAAGGCUUGCCGGGCUGCCAACAACGCGGGUUUCAACGAGGCCGAGAAGAACUAUAAGAAGCAGGUCUUUGCCACACAAGACAUCUACUUCAAGGCCGGUUGGAAGUCCGCCUGCGAACACCUCGACCAAGGCUCUGACACCGACGUAUUUGCCAACCCUCCUCCAGCUUCUCUACCGGUCUACCUUGUGCCAUAUGCAAACGAUGUUUUCAGCGCUUUACAGGCUGAGGCCGAGGAGGGACUUGAAGAUGGGGACGGGGAGACGGAUUCUGAGGAAGAAGAGGCCGAGGUGCCUAAGCAGCCCGGCAACGAUGAGCCCGGCGCCCAAGAAGCAAGCCAAGCUGUUGACCUUGAUGCUGAUGCUGCCGAGGACGCGUUCACCAAUCUUUCCCCCCUAGUUUAGGUUUCAUUUUCUUUGUUUUUACAUUUUUGCUUCCAACUCUUUUAAUGUAACCGGGCUCUGUCCCCUCCGUUUGUAAUGAAUUUCUUAUCAAUGAAAAAUUCGAAUUUUUGCAAGUGUAUGCACGGUUGUAAUCAGUUCUGUCUUCAGCAAACAUCUCGGUAUGACUCAUCGAACCGGAAUACAUAGCACUGUCUAAGCACUUCAGCAGUACAAGACAAAUUCAUGAACCGAAAUAGCCGCUUCGGCUGUAACUAAGUCGAACAAAUCAACACUUCCAACCGGAGUACAUCAUCUCGGUUGGGAAUCCAAAGUUGGACAAGACACCAACUCUUCCAACCGGAGUACAUCAUCUCGGUUGAGAAUCCUAAGUUGGA